CAAUAAUGUAAAUAGGAAAAAAAUAUAUAUAUAUGAUAAUAUAUAGUAAAUUCCAAAGGGAAGUCCAAACUUAGAUCCUGUAUUAUUAUAUAAAAUUUUCACUGGAAUAAAAUCUCUAUAAAUUAAAUUAUAUUUGCAUAAUAAGACAAGUAUUAUCGAAAAAUUCUUAUUUUACCUUUUGCGUUAUUAGUAUCAUGGCUUGAGUUCUUUAAUUUAGAAAAUAGUUUUGUUUAAGUUAGCAAAUACUUUUGUUAUACUCGGAAUUAAGGAUAUAUUGAUCAAUAAGAUUAAAUGCAUCAAUGUCGAAUAUGUUUAAAACAGACAAAUAUCUCUUAUUGCUUGCAAGAAAUGGAUAAAGACAGAAGAGUUCGAUACAUGGAAAUGACCUCAUCAAUAGCAAAUAUUAAGGGUUUAACAAAUAUAGACCACAACAAGAUCUGUCGAUCAUGCAAAAUAAAACUUAUAGAGGCCUAUUAUUUUAAAAUGUUAAUUGAAAGAUCUGAUAUGAUAUUACAUGGCAUAAAUCUGGCAAAAGUAAUGAAAUUUAGCAAUAUAAAUGAAAUCAGAAACAAACUUGGUUAUAAAGAAGUGGCAUGCAGUAAACCAACUCUACCUAUUGAACUAAUGGACAUAAUUGAAAUAGGAAAAAUAUGUACAAUAUAUAAUAAUACAACAAUCACAAAAAUGAGAUGUAAAAACAAGGAAAUGCCAAUAUUGGACUUUUUACAAUCAAUCAAAACAGAAGAAAAAAACGAAGACUUUGCAUAUAAUGUAGACACAGAAGACUAUGGUUUUAACUCAGACAGAGAUGAUGAAUAUAUACCAGAAAACACUAUGAAAAAGAAAUAUAAGCAAAAAAAGAAGAUAAUUAAAGCAACAAAGAGUGACAUUGUACACAAUGUUUGCAUUAGACCUAUCUAUUUAGAAGAUGUCCGUGUAUUGUACUAUGAGCCCCUAGACGAAAAGGAAAAAAAGGAAAAAACUAAAUUAUAUGCUAAGAGAUAUGCUAAAAAACAGAGAAAAGAUAUUUGCUGCUAUUGUGGUAAAGUAACAAAAUCAUUGAAGAGUCAUCAAUUGCAGCAUAUAGGUGAAAGAAAAUACAAAUGUGAUAUAUGCUCUAAAACAUAUUUAAUGGAGGGACAAUUAAAAUACCACAGAAAACUGCAUACAACUGAGCGGAAGUAUAAAUGUGACAUAUGCGUAGAAACAUGUUUAAGUGCUAAUGCCUUGCAAAGACAUAUGAAGAGGCACUCGAAUGUAAUGAGUUACUUUUGUAACGUUUGCAAUAAAGGUUUUAAAAGGAAAACCACCUUAACGAGACAUUUAAGACAACAUAAUUCUGAGAAUAGAAAUGUUAAAUGCGAAUUGUGUAGCAUGACAUUUUAUACAAAAGGUGCAAUGCAACAUCAUAUGCGGGUACAUACUGGAGAGCGCCCAUAUAAAUGCGAGAUUUGCUCGCAGCCCUACAGCUAUAAACGAGACUUUAAUCGGCACUGUUUCAAGAAACAUGGUGUUUUUUUAAAACGAAGAUCGGUAAAUGUUAUGAAUGAAGAAGUCUUGUUGCGUGAACGUACACUUAUGAAGGAGUUAUUCCUGAGAAAGCAAGGAUUCAUCAAAGAAGACCAGCCUCUAAAUCCAUUUGAGGGCCCACAAUCAGCCAUGGCUUUCGAACAUUACAUGCAAGCAUUAGAUAACCGGCAAAUACAAGACGAUUUUUGACUAUAAAUUUAGUUUUGUUCAAUUUUAUAUAAAUUAUAAUGGAAAGUUAA